AUGGCAAAACCCACGCUCCUCUCGCCCUCACCUCUCUGCAUCCGCUGUCUCCGCAUCGCCCUCCUCCCCUCCCAAACCCCCCUUUCCGACAAACGCCGCCGCAUCUCAACCUACGGCUACACGCAAGCCAAAGCCCUCGUCUACAGCGAACAUGGCAACCCAUCCGACGCGCUUCGAUUGCACAAGCACUCCCUUCCCCCACCACACUCCACCUUACUUACCCUCCGCGCCCUCGCUGCCCCUCUCAACCCCGCAGACAUCAAUCAAAUCCAAGGCUUCUACCCCACACCCCCAAAAGACAGACAUUUCACUACUGCGCUGGGCACUGCCUCGCCGUCAGCUAUACCCGGAAACGAGGGCGUGUUUGAGGUUGUUGCAUUAGGAGGGCAGGCAGGCAAAGGCAAUGUAGGCAAUGGAGAAGAAGGAUUGCAGAAAGGAGACUGGGUCAUACCCCGCCGCACGGGGCUAGGCACAUGGCGGACGCACGCGCAGGUUGACGAAAGCGCCGUGCUGAGGAUCGAGAAAGAGGGUGUGAGUGCAAGCCAAGUGGGCAGCGUGAGCGUCAACCCCGUAACGGCGUGGCGGCUGCUAAGCGGGUUCGUGGAUUGGGGUGUUGAGUUUGCGAAACUCGCUGGUGGAGGAGGUGGAGGGGCAGGGGGAGGCGGGCCGUGGUAUAUACAGAAUGGAGCGAAUUCUGCGGUGGGGAGGGUGGCGAGUCAGUUGGGGAAGCUGUGGGGGCUGAGGGGUAUUGCUGUUGUGAGGGAACGGGAGGAUAAAGGGGAAGAGGAGGCUCUGAAGGCAGAGAUGAGGGCACUGGGAGCGGAAAAGGUCGUUACGGACAAGGAGGUGGGGGAAAAGGGAUUUAGAGAGCGGAUUGCCGAGUGGACGAACGGAGGGAGGGAGGAGGUGAGACUGGGGUUGAACUGCGUGGGAGGUGAUGCGGCAAUGAAUAUGGCGAAGGUACUGGGAAAGGGUGGGACGAUGGUUACGUAUGGGGCUAUGAGCAAGGCGCCCAUGAGGGUCGGGGCGAGUAUGUUGAUCUUCAAGGACUUGAGGUUCGUGGGGUUCUGGGUCAGUCAUUGGGCGGAUGAGCAUCCGGGGGAGAAGAGGAAGGUGGUGGAUAGUGUCCUGGAUUUGUAUAGGGAGGGCAAAUUGGUGGAGAGUCCGACGCUGGACGUGAGGUGGAAUGAGGAGACGAAGCAGGAGGAGCUAGUGCAAGCGGUACAAGGCACGCUGGAGGGGUAUAGAAAGGGUAAGGGCAUGUUCAUAUUUGGAGAAUGA